AACCCGAAAACAUUCAUUUCGAAACAUCCCUCCAGGAGUGUCCCCUGCCCUCUGGCCCUGGAAGUUUGCUGAAGUAAAGGAACCCUGCAGCCUUCCCAUGCUAUCUGUUGACAUGGAAAACAAGGAAAAUGGCUCUGUCGGUGUAAAAAAUUCCAUGGAGAACGGGAGACCACCUGAUCCUGCAGACUGGGCUGUGAUGGAUGUAGUCAAUUAUUUCCGAACAGCAGGAUUUGAGGAGCAAGCUCGUGCUUUUCAGGAGCAGGAAAUUGAUGGGAAAUCCCUGCUAUUGAUGACAAGGAAUGAUGUGUUAACAGGACUUCAGUUAAAAUUGGGGCCUGCUUUGAAAAUCUAUGAGUACCACGUGAAGCCUCUCCAGACAAAGCAUUUAAAGAACCAUUCUUCGUAAAGCCAUCUAAUUGGGUCCUAGCCCUCAAAAAAAA